AUGAAUAAAAAAUCGCUGAGGGACAUUUGGUUUUAUUCAAAUGUAUGCUUUUUCAUCAACUAUUCGCUGGCUAUUCUCAGAGUAUUCGUUGCAUUUCCACUUCCUCGUCUUCCUUCGUUCUUCAACUGUAUUUUCCUUCUUCUUGCUUAUACACUGACAUUUCAAAGCAUCAUAGCUAAUUUCAAAGCAUAUGAUACAUUAAUGUUUAUAAAGAAGAUUUUUUCCCAUCCAAAUACAUUCUGCAUAGUCUUCUUUCUUUGUUUUGUUCCAAACAUCCUCCUUUCCCCGUUUUACCUACUCACUAUUUACCAUAUUGUCUCUUCCAUUGUAGCAAAGAAGGAUACAUUCCAUUCCUAUUUCUUCUACGACUUUGUGGUCUUUCUAAACACUAACAUUGCUACUAUUGGAAGAUCUGCACUCUUCCUUGAAAUACUUUUAAUACCUAUUGCUGUUAGUAUGGUAGUUCUGAGGCGAAUAAGCACUGUAACACUGUUAAUUUACCUUUUAAUGAUUAGACAACAGUACAUUUCAAAUAACAAUAUGAAAGCUAUAGUUUCCGAAUGCAUCCAGCGCAUGCAUAACCUUGCAAUGAAUAUGCCUGACAGCAUUAAGAUGAGAUAUCUUGAAUUGAUGAACUAUGUUAGAUCACUUAGCAAAAGUGAGAAAAAUCAAAAACAGAAACAAUAA